AUGUCUGGAGGAAACAUUAAAGUCGUGGUCAGAUGUCGGCCUUUGAAUUCCAGAGAGCUUGCGCGGGGAGCAAAAUCAUUAAUUAGAAUGGAAGGGAAUCAAACAAUUAUUUAUAGGCCAGCUUCGGAUGAUCCCGGUAAUGCCAAGGCUGCAAAACGAGAAGAUACGGAAGAAUUCAAAGCUUUCACUUUUGAUAAGUCAUAUUGGUCUGCGGAUAAAAGUUCUCCCAAUUAUGCAACUCAAGCGCAUCUUUACAAUGAUCUCGGUGAAGAAUUGCUCGAUCAUUCUUUCGACGGAUAUAAUACCUGUAUCUUUGCAUAUGGCCAGACUGGUGCAGGGAAAUCUUAUUCUAUGAUGGGUUACGGAGAAGACAAAGGAAUUAUACCUUUAACAUGUUGCGAGUUAUUUAACCGGAUUACACGAAAUACAGAUCCAAAUGUAAAAUAUCAAGUGGAAGUCUCGUAUAUUGAGAUUUACAAUGAACGGGUUCGGGAUUUACUUAAUCCAAAAAACAAAGAUAAAAAUCUUAAAGUGAGAGAACAUCCUUCACUAGGACCAUAUGUUGAAGAUUUAUCGAAGUUAAUUGUAAAUUCUUUUCAAGAUAUAGAAAAUCUUAUGGACGAGGGUAAUAAAGCAAGAACAGUGGCAGCAACAAACAUGAAUGAAACAUCAAGUCGUUCGCAUGCUGUGUUCACGCUUUUAUUGACGCAAAAGCGGCAUGACCCCGAGACCAAAAUGGAUUCCGAGAAAGUUUCCCGUAUUAGUCUUGUUGAUUUAGCGGGUUCUGAACGUGCUAAUUCCACGGGUGCUACCGGUGCGCGUCUAAAAGAAGGUGCAAACAUCAACAAAUCGUUGACCACUCUAGGAAAGGUUAUAGCCGCCUUGGCCGAGCAAUCAGCCCCAGGCUCAAAAAAAGGAAAAAAAGGAGCGGAAACCUUUGUACCAUAUAGGGAUUCUGUUUUAACAUGGUUACUAAAAGACAGUCUUGGUGGAAAUUCUAAAACCGCUAUGAUUGCAGCAAUAUCUCCCGCUGACUAUGAUGAAACAUUAAGCACACUGCGAUAUGCAGACGCAGCAAAAAAGAUUAAAAAUAAAGCUGUUGUCAAUGAAGAUCCAAAUGCUAAACUCAUACGAGAACUUAAAGAAGAAUUGGCUAUGCUACGCAACAAAAUUGGUAUCACCGAAGGAGGUGGUGGAGGAGGACUUGCCGAGUCCGAAACUACAUAUGAUCCUAGUAUUCCUCCUUCGAAACAAGUUGUUCUCCUUCAAGAUAAAGAAGGAAAUACAAUUAAGAAAACUAAGGAAGAAAUUAUUGAACAGAUUGAAGCUUCACAAAAAUUAAUGACGGAGAUCAAUGAAACCUGGGAAGAGAAAUUACGGCGAACUGAAGAGAUUCAGAAAGAGCGGGAAAAGACAUUAGAAGAGCUUGGUAUAAUGGUCGAGAAAAAUGCCGUGGGAGUAUCUCCCCCGAAAAAAGUACCUCAUUUGGUUAAUCUUAACGAAGAUCCACUCAUGUCGGAAUGCCUGGUUUAUCAGAUUAAACAGGGGAUCACACGUGUUGGACGCUUGGAAUCUGAUGUCCCCGCUGAUAUCCGGCUUAGCGGCGAAAACAUAUUAGAGGAGCAUUGUUAUUUUGAAAAUAAAGAAGGCGUAGUUACUUUACAUCCUAGUCCUAACAGUACUACGAUGGUCAACGGAAUCCGAAUCAACAAGACUCGAAGACUUAAGUCUGGUUUCAGGAUUAUUUUGGGCGAUUUCCAUGUUUUCCGCUUUAAUCAUCCGGAUGAAGUUAGAAAAGAACGUGCCAAGUCCAAAAAUCUAAGCAUUAGUAUUAACACAAACAUGAUAUCCAAUGCUAAUGGAGAAGAAAGUGGCAAAGCACCUGACUCACCCACAUCAACAGCUUCUAUACUGUCAGAGGCGGUCAUAGAUUGGAACUAUGCAAAAAGAGAAGCGGCAAUGAAUUAUUUGAAUUUUGGACCCGAGCUUGUUGGAAACAUGCCGGAUGAAGAGUUAACAAGAUUGAUGGAAGAGAUACGAAAAAUUCAAGGGACUCGAAGAACUCGUCCAGAUAGCCGGAGUGGCGACUUUGACGACGACACGGAAUCACGUUCUUCUGACAAACCUGGAUCAAAUGGAACAUAUGAGACUAACGAUACUGUUUACACGACAGAUUCGCCUCAAAGUGACACGGACGAGAAGCUUCGAACAAUUAAGGAAGAGAUGCAAAUGCAACUAGAUCUUCAAAAACAAGAGUACGAAGAAAAAAUGCGUCUAAUAGAGGCCUCAAAUCUUGAAGCUGACGAACUAAAAGCAGAGAAGAAACAAAUGGAAGAAAAACUUAAAAUGCUUCAAGGAGAAAUGCAACGAGUUUUGGAAGUACAAGCGCUAGAAUAUCAACGAAAGCUAAAAAGACUCUCAACUGCCAAUCUCGAGGGUUUCCAAUUACCUCUCGAUAUUCCACCCUAUACAGAAGAGGAACUUCAAUUAAUUCAUAUGGUCAUAAAGAAAUGGAAACGACAACGAUUCGUUCAUAUGGCUGAAACAAUAUUAAGCAAUGCUGUUGUUUUAAAGGAAGCGAACGUUAUAAGCAAAGAACUUGGUAAAAAAGUUCUUUAUCAAUUUACUAUUAUUGAAGAGGAACCAUUUACGAAUCCUGUUUCAUUUUAUGAGAACAGAUCAGCUACCAGUCAGUUAAAUAACAUUAAUGGCAAUAAUAACGAGAAAGAUAUAGCUAUUUUCGUAAAUGGAUCCACCGAGGAUACUUCCCUUUAUGCCUCAAAGAAACCAUGCGUUGGUGUUAAAGUGAUCGACACAAAAAACAACACAGUCUAUAUAUGGUCUUUAGAUAAACUGAAAAAUAAUCUCCAAAAGAUGCGCAAUUUGUACAACUUUAUAGAUCGUCCUCAAUAUAGUAAACAUUUUAAUUGGGAGGAUCCAUUCUAUGAAAAUCCACCACCUCAGUUCACAUUUAUUGGAAGUGCUGCUAUUGGGUUGACCUGUUUACUUUGGAAAACGGAACAUGAACAAGAAGUUCCCGUUUUCCAAAGAUAUUCAGGUAAAGAACUGGGGUCAUGUCUAAUACGUAUCAAAUUUUUAAGUGAAUCAAAAGCUUCGUCACCACUAGAAUCGGAAAGUGAAUCCACCACUUCUAAAUUGUCAGUCGGAAGUUCUGUAGUAUUUGAGGUGAAGAUAAUCGAACUUAAAGGAAUCCCGGAAUCAGAAUUUACCCAAGUUCAUGUUCAAUUUAAGCUCUCCUCAUUUGGAACUAUUCCUCAUCUUUCUCCUGGAGAACACAUUUACACAACUGAUCUAAUGAGUGAAUUUGGCGAUACACCAAUUCGAUUCAAUUACGAACAAACUUUAUCGGUGGCAGUCACUCCUGAAAUGAUGAAUGUUCUCACUAAUGGUAUGCUGACUUUCGAGGUGUUUGGACGUGCGGAACCGGCAGUUUUGACAUUCAUGGAAAGAUGGGACGACCCAAAUGAGCGUCAGAAUCACAAAGGAAUAAAUGGAAAUUCUCAUGAAUCAACGCCACGAGAGCGAAGAUCUGACGACGAACUUGUAGCCGAAGAAAAACAUGACAUCGUUGCAUGGGUUAAAGUAUGUGAAUUAGCACCUUCUGGUGAUUAUGUACCAGUUCAAGUACUUUCGCAGAAUACACUUGAUCCUGGCGCCUUUUUCUUGAGACAAGGUCUACAACGACGUAUUAUUCUCACAUUAACUCAUAAUUCUGGUCAUCAAUUCCCAUGGAAUCGAGUGACAAGAAUGGAAAUUGGACGAGUUCGAUUGCUUGACGGAAAAGGAAGAUUGGCCGAAUCUCCUGUUCAAAACGAUAUUGAAAUGAAAAUGCUACCAUCGCAAACAGUACAAUUUAACGGCGAUGGCACAAGCGUCCUCAGCGCUCAAGCCUCAUGGGAUAGUACUUUACAUGAUUCCAUAUUCCUCAACCGAACAACAGACUCGAAAAGUCGAGUUCUAUUGGGAUUAACUUGGUAUGUGGAGGCAGAGAAAUGCGUGGAACCAAUUUGCUUCAGCAUGGAUAUUGCUGUGCAAAUCCAGGGACGAGAAGCACGACCUCCGUCAAAACUAAUUCAAUUAUUAAACCAAUCAAAAGUCUUGUGGAAAUCAAGUGGACUUUUCUCUGUUACGCUCAAACCUCCAAUGACUCGAAAAAUAUCCGAACUUUGGCGCUUAAACACUGCGUCAAAGUAUGUUCGUGGUGAAGAAUUCUUGGGUAGUUGGAAACCACGUGGCAUCUCUUUAAUCAAGGACUUUAAAAAAAUUAAUGAGUGCAUACAGAAACGUGAAUCUGUUGAGUUCACGAAACAGGUUAUUAAAUUACGUGAAAUUUGUCAAAGCGCCAACGGCAGUAAACAUGUGUUUGGCACUUCAGAUCCAGAAGAACUCGUUAAAAGAACGUAUGAUUUGUGGAUAAAAAAAUGGGGGACCUCUAAAGAGAUCGUCAUAAAUCAAGAACCUCCGCUUUCUGGGCCAUAUCCAGAUGCUGAAAUCAACAGAUACGUUAAAACGCCGACAAAAUUAGUUGCUCAAGUUAGAAUGGUUGGAAAAACUGAUACUAUAACAAAAAAAGGCUAUUUGUAUUCACCCGAAAAUGCUUAUGCUGAUUGGGUGAAACGGUGGUAUGUUUUACGAAGACCAUAUUUAUUUAUAUAUGAAUCACAAAAAGAAACAGAAGAGCAAGGGGUGGUCAACUUAACAUCUGUUCGGGUCGACUAUAAAAAAGAUGUGGAGCUAAUUUUAGAGCGAAAAUUUGUGUUUUCCAUUUUCACAAAUAAUAAUUCGUAUGUUCUGCAAGCAUCUUCUAAACAGGAUAUGAUCGAUUGGAUAUCGAAGAUCGACCAAUUUUUCAACUUAGAAGACGUAGAAGCUAGCAAAAAUCAGAAAGUCACUACACAAAACUAA